GCUCUGGUGAUGGCGGCCUGGGUCAGCAAGUCAGUGUUUUGAAAACGUGAUGUUGGCCUAUACUCCCCACUCAACUACAGACAGGCUGACACGCAUCUUGCAUGUAUAUGUAUAGGUAUACGUGUAUUUCGCCAUCAUUAGUGAUUCAUCUGAGAGUUUAUAAGAUAAAUAAAUAUUUGAUGGGUAAAAGGACCAGAAAGAGGAAAAAGAAUAGUCUAACAUUGAUCAUGCGUGGAAUUGUGAAGCAGCCGUGUAAGCCUUGUAUACCAUCUAGCUUGCUUAAACCAACAAAUCCAUCUCCUCAAGAAAAGGAUGGUCCCAAGUGUGAAACUACAGGUAGUCAACAGUAUAGUGGACAUGCUGAAAAGCGUGGAGAUGCAAGUAACACUGUUAUGCCUCGUGGUACAAAGAGUGCUGAUGGUAAUGGAUCCUGUAUUAGAAAUGAGAAUAAAGAGUUGAAAGGACAGAGACAUACUGCUGAGAAUGAUAAACCUUUAACACAAGAUCAGAGAGCUUUAGAAGAAAAUUGUGCAGAUAAAAAAAAUGCUGAAAAUGAGAAGGCUUUAAGACGUGAUUGCUCCCAGUUGCCAUCUGAAGUUGAAAAUAAUAUAAAAAAAUUACUGAAUCAUAACCCAAAAGGGAUUAAUCUUGAGAAAAUCAGUUUCUUUUACAAAAAAAAUUUUGGUAAAAACUUAAUUCCAUCUGAUUAUGGUUAUUGUGAUAUUAUCGAGUUAUUGAAAGCCAUACCAAAUACGGUCACCAUGAAGUGCAGUGGACAUGAGGGCCAGGUGCUGCUGUUGCCUAAAACAGGUGGAAGCAGUGAGAACAUGUGGUCUUCCCAACGUCACGCAGACUCUGUUAGAACGAUCUUCCAGACUAUUUUGAAAGAACAUGGAGGUGGCAUAUGCCUUGACAAUCUUACUGCAGAAUAUGAGAUUAAAGCUGGUAGGAAGUUGAAUUUGAAUGAGUUGGGGUUUAAUUCGAUCCCAGACCUUCUAUCAAGUUUUGCUGAAAUUUUCCGUGUAAUCCGGCAAGGAGACAAACACUUUGUGUGUGAUUCUAAUUACAAGGUUUUUAUGGAUUCUGAGAGUAAAGAAGUCUCCCCAGUUAAUGGAAUUCGUCGAAAAUUAGACCAAGAGUGCAUUGAACGAUUAAAGAAGCUGUUGGAGGAGUUUCCCGAUGGUCUUUCUACAGAUGAGCUUAUAGGAGCUUAUAGGGGAUUUUAUGGAGCUACACUAGAUGACUUGAAUCCUGAAACCUAUGGUUAUAAAACUCUUGAAGCCCUUUUAAAGUGUCAUCCAGAAGUGAUCAGCAUUCGUUAUUGGGAUGGAAAGAUCAUUAUACUGGCUAAUACUUCCAUUUUUCCACACAUUUCAAACCAGGGUGAACCAUUGUCUUGCCCCAUGCAUGUUGCAGGUGUUCAUGACUCGUAUAAAACAUUAGAAGAGAAGUCUCUCUUAUUAGUUGGACAGAUGGUGGAUUUGGUGGUUGGAGAAGUGUACUCGCCAAGCCGUUUUUGGGUUAUUCACAAAGGGAGAAAUACAUCACAGGCCUUGAAUUCUCUCAUGGACUGCAUGUUCGAGUUCUACAGCAGUCGCCUUGGAGAACGCUAUGUUAUUCCAGAGGAAAAGGUGACCAUUCGUGCUCCGGUCAUUGCUCUUCACGAGGAAGACAUGAAUUUCUAUAGGGCAUUUAUUGUGUCACUGGAAGACCUUCGAACUGUUAAGCUGUUCUUUGUGGACUAUGGUACUGUUUGUCAGUGUGACUAUUCAUGUCUGCGUUUAGUUCACAAGAAAUUCUUCACACUCCCAGCCCAGGCUAUGAAGGCAGUUUUAAGUGAUGUGAUUCCCUCACAUGGAAGAAAAUCAUGGGGCCGAGAAGCCUCACAAAGGUUUCUGGAGUUGGUGCAGAACAAAGCAGUCAUAGGGCAUAUUGUUUCCUUGAAGGGUGCUGCAUAUAUGAAUCUAUGGGACACUAAUAGUCAGGAAGACAUAAACAUUGGGGAUAUUCUUAUUGCAGAGGGUUGGGCAUCUCCCAGUCAUCCUGCCUCUAUAGAUGUAUUAGGUCAGCCAGACUCAAGUGUUACUAAAGCUAGUUACAGCAGCUCUGAAAAGCUAAUUGUUCAGUGCACUGAUCCAGUGAUAAACACCCUAAAUCCUGUAGAAAAUUCAAGUAUUUCCAUAAAUUUGACUCCAGUAGUGUCUUUGAGAGAUACUUUCACACAGAGUGCCGUAUCUAAUCCUCAUGGUGACCAAAUAGCCAAUAUAGAUUUAGUUCAUGAUAAACAUAAGAAUGUACCAAGUUGCCCAUCAUCGGAGUCGAGCCAUAUUUCACUGGAUUAUGAACAGAAUGUCAAAAGUAAGUAUCCAACUGUAACACAGUCUUCUCCUUACGGGACAGCUGCCUUUAUUGAAAAUCUCUGUCGCUUAAUGAAUGAUCUAAACUUGAAGUCAUCCAGGCCUGAUAUGUGGGAGCCUUCUCAGAUACCCUUUUCAUGCACAGCCACACCUGCAUCACCACCACCACAACUAUCAACUUCAGAGGCUCCCCAGAAAAUCAACUUAAUUCAUACGGAAGUGCCCAAGUGUUUCCAAAACACAAUACAACAACUGGAAAUUAUGUCCAAAACUUCCACUCAAGUUACUGAGGCAAGAAAAUUUUCAUCAGUUGCACCUCCACCUGGAUUUGGUCCUGUGCCUACAAACCUGCAAGUUACACACGAAGUGAGAGAACCUUCAGUGAGUGUUAGGUUGGUACCUUACAACAGUCAAACUGUUGCAUCCAUGGGAUUACAGACUAGUGUGACAACAAGUAUUGACCCUCCUAUACUUUCAACUGGGAUAGAUGACAUAUUCUACAGUGAUGAAGAUGACGACGAUGAUGAUGUAAUAAUGGAGAACCUGAAAUCAACAAAAGAUUAUCAAAAGUACCAGUGUGUGAUAAAACGGGUAGCACCAUCAGCAAGUAUGAUGCUUCAUGUAAUUGAGUUAAAUGGGAAGUUAUUUGUCAUAAGUGCAGAGGUAUCCCAGCUGUUGAACUUGGAUGUCCACUCCUUACUCCAGGAAAAGAUAAUGGACUUCCCAUCAGUUAUCCUUGGAAAGGAUUCCCAUGCAAAUGUGUACCAACAGCUUAUUGAGUAUGGUUGCAAAGCUGUAUAUGGUAGUGAUGGAGAGAUUCUUCGAAGUUUCAUUAUUUAUCCAGCAACCUUAUUACCAAGAAUUCUUCAGUUUCUUUCACGUGAUAAGUCAAAACUACUAUCAACUCUAAAGAACCUUGUUGAUGAGUGUGCAAGUCAAGACAGAGGUUGCUUUGAGAAAGAUACUCGGGAAACACGAUGCCUAAUUUCUGGGGCCCAAGACACUAUUCCAAGCAUUCCUUACCUUGAACUAGGAAGCCAAACAGGUAAUAUACAAGACCUUUCAGACCCAAACAAUAAACUACAAAAUAGAAGUAAAGAAUCACUUGAACAUUUGGAUGAAUAUUUAGACAUUAGCGAUACUCCCGAUUAUGAGCCAUCAAAUUCAAAGGGAUUUAGCAGUCACUGUAAAGAAAUGACAGCUGCAGAGCCUCAGAAUAAUAUGUUAAGAAAACCAGACUCGGCAGUGGAUAAUUACUGCUCGGACUCGAGCAGUAGUGAAUAUUCAUAUGAUCCAUCCAUUAGAAUAUUAAACUAUUCUACGAAAGGCGUAACGACACGUAAUAAAACACAUAAAGUACAAGAAUCAAAAACUUUAGACAAAUUCCCGAAGGAAAUGAAAAUGAAUAUUGAACCUCUUAGUCUAAGUGAAGUACCAGACAGAAACACCUCUCAUGCUAUUGUCCAACAUGUGGUCACACCAGUAGGGCAUGAAAAGAAUUGUUCGGUAAGACCAAAGGAAAUACAGAUAACUCGCAAUAUAAACAAAGAAACUGUUAAGCUACGAUCAAAUGAUUGUCUGCAGGAUAAAGGUGAAUGUAAUAGCAUCGGAAAGUUCUCUCUCCUUUCUUCUGAACAUGCAAGGGAAUCUGCUCAGUUAAAUAAAAAUGGAGCAAUAAGCAUUCCUUCAAAAAUCCUUGAAAUCAAAGGAGUAGUCCCUGAAGAGUCUGUUCACCAAAGCAUGAACAAAGAGGGUGAUACCUCUUGCAAGUCAAAUAACUACAUAACACAGAACAAAGAGGACACACUACUUAAAAACAAGGAAACCACACAUGAGCACAAGGAGAGCAUAAGACCCAGCAAGGUACAAAAUGAGCUAAGCAAAGAAAAGGAAUCUGAAAAAUACACUUCCAAUUUGGAAUAUGUAGAGUGUGUUAGAGAAAUUGUAUCAGCAUCUCAGUCAUGCUCAAGUGAAAAACCCCCCUCAGACAGGAGUGGUUGUUUUAGUGAGGGAUCUGAUGCUUUGAAAAAAAUAAUUUUGUAUCAAAGGAAAUUUAUUUCAUAUUUAAGACAGCAAAAUUUAGCAAAGAAAAAUCAUGAACUGAUUUGUGAUUUAGUUGACAAUAUUGGUAAAUGUCAAGGGCUAUAUGAGAGACUGCUCAAAUCAGAACCUCUGAAUGAAAAAUUGCAGAAAAGUUCUGAUACUCAGGAAUACUUGAAAAAAGAUAGGUGUCUAUCAGAAUGUGAUGAAGUUUAUGAUUCAGAUGUUGAUAGUGCUGAAAAACUUUUCAAAAGAAGUGAUGUUGAUCCCGUCAGGAAUAUUAAAGACCCCUCAGGAGAGAAGACCAUUCAGGAGAGGAGAGGACCACUCAGGAGAAGACCACUCAGGAGAGGAGAGGACCUCUCAGGAGAGGAGCACUCAGGAGAGGAGAGGACCACUCAGGAGAGGAGAGGACCUCUCAGGAGACCACCACUCAGGAGAGGAGAAGACCUCUCAGGAGAGGACCACUCAGGAGAGGAGAGGACCACUCUUAAGCAUGAAAGGAGGAUAAAGGAUAUGGGAUUUAUUGCCCAGAAAGCAAAUGAAGAUGGUAAACACAUGGUGAAAAGUACUCAUUAUAGCUCGAAUGCCAUGAAAUGUGCAUUACUUACCAAAGAUCCUUUGCUGACUAGGGAAGCAUUCGAUACGGAGAGCGUGAGAAUUUCAACAGAGAAUCAGCAUAACUUACAAAGCACGAACUCGUUCAUGACCACUUGGGUAAAUAAUGCAGCGAUUGGCUGUGCCUCGAUGACAUUGCCUGUUUAUCCCCAAAUUUUUGGAUAUGCUCAGGUGAUUGAAACCCAUCCAUUUAAUUUCCAACAUUUUAUCCCAGUUCAGAACUCGAGUUCUUGUUACCUUCCUUCAAAUUUACAAAAAAAUUAAUACAUAUUUUUUAAGGCGAGUUGAGAAUAGUUUUUGGCUUCGUAAUAACUGUAACUUUAAUUUUCUUGUAUUCAUUAUGGAACAAAACUUUUAUUUUUAUUUGUAAACAUACAUGUAUAUAUAUAUAUAUUAUUGUUGAUUACUACAUCCUGAGGUCAGUAAAUGGCCUACAGGAGACCUCAAUAAACCUAAAUACAUACAGGCUUCCUGUACCUGGCAAUGAGAAUUAAUGUGUUUUCUAAAUAAAUUGUUGCACUAUAACAAUACGUUACAAGAGGCUUUUCCUUUGUCAUAUAAUUUGCUAUCCAGCAUUUUGUUUAGAGUUUCUUACUAAUUACUAUGUUUAAUUUUGUUCUCUACAUUAUAUAUUAAUUUUGUGCCUCAAUCUAGGAAUGAUAAUUAAUCAAACGGAUAUGGGUUAUACUGUCACACAAAACAUCUGUACUUUAGAGACAUACAAUUUUGUUUUUUGUAAUUGUGUGUUACACUAUUAGUGAAUUAAAUUGACAGUAUGUAUACAACUGAAAAGGAAGAGUUUAGCAGAAUUUCUAGAAUUGGCUAUGAAAUAAAGAUCUCCAAGCAGUCUUA